UAAGAAACUAAAUAGAAAAUAUCCCUUCUUCUCUCUGUAUUUAUUUUGAUUUCUUCUGACUCAGAUUUUGAGCUCAAGUUCUCGCAGCAUGGCUUCUCGGAAUUCUGGGCUCUAAUAGAGAAUGCUGGAAGCAACUCUGGAACCAUGCCAGCUCAAUUUUUGGUCUCGGAGCUACUUUCUCUCUCUUGGAUUCUGGGAUUUUUUCUGAUUGAGUGGUUUCAAUUCUUGCAAGUCGAGGGCUUAAGAAAUUUGUUUGGCACUGCUAAUUAAGGGGGUUUUAGAGUUUAUGCUCAGAGUUAGUUAGAUUGAGAGAGAGAGAUAGCGAUAUAGACGAGGCUAUUUGAAUUUGAUGGUAGCUUAGAGAAUGGGGUUUCAGAGGGGUGAUGGUAGCAGCCCUGUUGGGACCCGAAUCCGAAACCCGGACCCGAAAUCGAACCAAUUGGUUACACAGGGCUCUUUGUACAGCCUCACUCUUGAUGAGGUGCAGAAUCAUUUGGGGGAUUUGGGGAAGCCCCUUGGUAGCAUGAAUCUUGAUGAGCUUCUCAAGAAUGUGGAAGUUGCUGAGUACGAGCAAUCCGUGCCUUUCCAUCCUGCGUCGGGGUCAUCGUUGAAUAGGCAACCUAGUGUUUCCAUCCCUAGGGAUCUUAGCAAAAAAACUGUUGAUGAGGUGUGGAAAGGUAUCAAGCUGGAGCAGAAAAGGAGCAGUCUUGAUAGGAAUGCCACUCUCGGGGAAAUGACGUUGGAGGAUUUCUUGGUUAAGGCUGGGGUGGUUGCUGAUUCGUCGCUGGGGAAGAAGGAUUUGGGGUUGGUUGUAGGAGGGGUUGAUAUGAUUAGGUUGCCUCAGCAGGCUCAAUGGAUGAAUUAUCCGAUCUCUCCUCAGCAGCAGCAACAGCAAAAUAUGAUGCCCGUUUACGUGCCGGGCCAUUCUAUCCAGCAGCCAGUUCCUCUAGGGGGAAACUCUGUCUUGGACACUGCAUACCCAGAAACCCAGAUAAUGUCGUCUUCCUCACUGAUGGGCACGUUGUCGGACACCCAGACAACGAAACGGAAGAGGGCUCCCCCGGAUGAUAUAGCUGAGAAGGGUGUUGAAAGGCGGCAGAAGAGGAUGAUAAAGAACAGGGAAUCUGCAGCACGUUCACGAGCAAGGAAGCAGGCCUACACCCAUGAGCUCGAGAACAAGGUUUCACGCCUCGAGGAGGAGAAUGAAAUGCUCAAGAGACAACAGGAAUGGGAGAAGGUGCUGCCGAGCAUACCACCACCACAGACAAAGUUUCAACUGCGUAGAACGUGCUCAGCUCCCAUGUGAUAAUGUAGAUUGAUUGCUUGUUUGUUUCUUUUUAUUUUUAGUUAAGAUUAGCUAGGGUUAGUUUUUCUUUUUCAGCUUUACUGCUCACAGUCCCCCCUUGUCUCCUUGACAAUAUCUAUGGCUUGAAUAUCCUCUGGCUGUCUUAUAUGUACAUUUUUAUAGCAUCAUCCAAGCUGGGAUUAUAUGAAACCUUGUCAUGAUUUGAGUCA